AUGGAGUUCGAGGAAUCGUCGUCGUCGUCGUCGCCGCCCUCUUCCUCCUCCUACUCCUGUUGCUCAUCGACGUCGACGGCAUCGGGCACACCGAUCACGUCGGGGAAGCGGAAGGCUGGGCGGAAGAAGUUCCGGGAGACGCGACACCCGGUGUACCACGGCGUGCGGGAACGCAACGGCGGUCGGUGGGUGUGUGAGGUGAGGGAGCCCCGGAAGAAGAGCCGCAUCUGGCUGGGGACGUUCGGAGAGCCGGAGAUGGCCGCGCUGGCGCACGACGCGGCCGCCAUCACGCUCCGCGGCGAGUCGGCCCUGCUCAACUUCCCGGACCUCGCCGGGACUCUGCCCCGCGCGCGGUCGCCGGCUCCUGAGGACGUCCGUCGGGCCGCGACCGAGGCAGUAGAGAUGUUUCGGCCUUCGAAGCCGGCGCCCGCCCAGCUGCCCGCCGUGUCGGAUGCAGAAGGAAGUCAGGGAAGGAAGGAGAAUACAGCGACCGAGGACGCUGCUGCACCUUCGGCGGCGGUGUUCGUGGACGAGGAUGAGCUGUUCAACAUGCCGGAGUUGAUCGAGGACAUGGCGAGGGGGAUGCUGCUGACGCCGCCAGCGUUGCAGCGGCGAGGGUUCGAUUGGGAUAUUGCGGUGGAGGAGGAGCAAGAAAUAGACUUGUCGCCACUGUGGAACGAUGAAUAAUGACAUGCAAUAGAAAUGGCCACCGUUGU